GAGGGAGGAAGAGAGAGAGUGCGUGGUGCGUGCCGGUCUCCUAUGGUGGGUGGGUUGUUCUGGCGGCGGCUUGGCCAACGGGGCUCGUGGCGUUGUCCUGGGGCAGCGGCUUCGGAACUCUGCGAAGCUCGCCUUCCAGAUUCUUUCUUGUCCGCAACGGUUGGCGACGUCGACGGGCGGGCUGGGUGUUGUUCCUCCUCCUCCUGCUGAGCGCUUCUCGUGAGUUUCGCUUCCUUUUCCUGAUCUUGGGGUCUUCGCCCAGAUCGGCGCUCCCACAGAGGGCAAACCCGCCCCCCUUUCCCCUACCUCUGUGUGGAUGGAGCGGGGCCAGGCUUUCUUUUUAAACGCUUCUACCUCAGACACUGCAGGACGAUAGAUGCUCUGCAUGGUCCCUAAGGCUGAAAGAAACUUGCAGUUAUCGAUCUGUCUUUACUUUCAUUGGGUUUAUUGUAAACGCGCUGUCUGCUGCCCUAAACAUUACAAGAAGAGGAGAGUGCUUGCUAAGAGGCGAAUGAAGGUUCGUGGGCCAGAUGACCGACUAGGUUAGAUCGCAUUAUUUUAUGGGGAUCCUGAUGUCUUAAGCAAAUCUGGGUGCACUGCAGAUGUCAUUUUUCACCAUAUUGAAGACAGAGGAGACACUGCAGCAAAUGUUUUUUGAGUUUGCAGCAAACUCUUCUGGAAUGUAUCAUACUAAUUUUUAACUGGGACUGGAACACAUUACGUUGCAAAUGUUUCUGUUGCGGAAUCUCUUAAGGCAACUGCUGGAAUUUUAUGGUGUACCGCCAGAACUGCUCCUGCAGUGGUGUGAAGCCUGCCUUAAUGGUAUUGCUCGAAGGAUUGAACCCCAUCUUCCUUCAAGUAUCUCUUCAGGAACACACCUCCAACAGUUAUAUGCCAUCUCAAGGAAUUACUUGAGCUCGUGGGCUUGGAAAAGAAAGCAGUAUGGAUCCACCCGAAGUUUGGUUCGCAGGCUGGGGAAGAUUCUUUCAUUAGCUCCUUAUCCGAGUCCUCGCUUCCAGCUGGUCCGAAGUUUGAAUGCUUUAGAGUUGGAGCCAAGCAGACCUGUUAGUUCUGUUACACUGUCUCUUGCGGAUGGCUUAUGGAUGGCAGAUGAUGAUAUAGAACUAUUUGCCAGGUGCAGGUUUGAUCAAUGGAAAGAGGUUGUGCCUCCAUCUAUACUUCCUAUACCAGCUACUUCAAAAGGAAGAGCACAAAAAGCAACUGUUGUAAAUGAAGAUGCAUUCAAGAAGAUUUCUGCACUUGAGGACGAGUUAGCUCAUCUUCGUGCACAAAUUGCUGCGAUUGUGACAGUGCGGAGAAACAAGGAUAAUUCAAGCUCAGAUACUGUGAGUUCAUCAAGCUCCCCCUGUAAUACUUUACCAAAGCCACCAAUGACUUCUACACCAACUCCAAUCUCUCUUUGUGACAUUCCACCACCACCACCACUCCCAGCUGGACCAUCUGCUAUUGAUUCUCAUACUUCAACCAUUGAGCUCAUAAAACAACGCCGGGCUGCAAGUAAGAUCAGAAAUAUUGCAGAUAGUUCCGGAUGGCAGAAAGUCCAAACUGUUCCUAGUAUGAGGGAUGUUCUGAAGGAUAUAAAUAAGGUCAAACUAAGAGCUGUUGAGAGAUCACCAGGAGGUACACCUCUACCCAAAUCAAAGAAAACAAUAAGAUCCCAGUGGGAUCCAGCAGCAGUAAUAGCAGAAGCUCUUAAGGAGAAAUUUGCAUCCCAAAGCAAUGCCAGUGAUUCAUUUGACAAAGAGAACAUAUCCUAUGAUGCUUCUCCAUUUUCCAGUCCAGAUACCCCAAUGGUUGGCCGUCAUACUCUGAAGCCAAGUGUCAAGCAGACACUUAAUAGAGCUGAGAAACUGAUAAAGGUAUCACCUACAAAAGCAAGAGUUCAAAUUUAGUUUUGAUGCAGAACUUCGUGAAGCAGCCUAGCUACUGAGAUGGCUUUUUCUUCAGUUUCAUGGACUUGAUUUAUUCUAUGCUAUAAGACCAUGGUUUGUAAAGCUAACAGUUUUGUAUUAAGUGUUUUAGCAGCUGUGGAGGAACAGCGCUCUAUUCCUCUUAACCUUUUUACCACUGCCACCAAGUAGACUUUUGGUAUGGCUGAGUCCACUACAACAGCCCUUCACAUUUAUCAAAAAUUACCAGAAAAAUCCACCCAACCCUCAGUAGUAUGGAAAGGCUUAUUAGGCUUGGGGUGGAGACUGUCAACAAGCUUCUAAAUUUUUUUAUAACAAGAAAGUGUACUUUUAGAAAAAUUGGUUCAAUUAAAACAUUACUUUUGCAACAAAAAAUUCCAAAUCCAAAACAGUUAUAAACAGAGGUCAGGGAAAAAUAAAAAUGGAAAAAACACAAUCACGGGUCCCUACUCAGUCCUCUGUGCUUGCUUUCUUCUUAGCUGCUUGCUUGGUUGGGUAGUCUCUUGUAAUUACAGCGCAGGCCUGCAGCUCAAUCCAGCCUGGUUCUUCCUUUUCUAGUGAUUUCAGCUCAACUUCUUUUCUUGCUGGCUGCUCACUCUGCUUUCCUGGACUCACUCUAGCAGACUUCCAGACUGUCUUCCUUCUUUUGCAACCUCCAGCUCCAACUUGUUCCAGCAGACACUCUUGACUUUUCCUUCCAGGACUCCAACUCUCUCUCAAAACACUCCCUAUAUAUAUACUUUCUCUGGCCCAUCAGUUCCUCAGCCCAGCUAAUCAGAAAAGACAAAAAAUUCCCUCCAUUUUUUGGGGGGGGGGAAAUCUCUUUCCCCUCCAAAAAUCACUGUCAAAAUGCUAAACCAAAUGUGAAACUACAGAAAAAUCAGAAUGAACAUUAACCCUGCACCACCUCCAUGUAUAGAGAUUUGCAAGCACGGAAAUACUCUUUGCAAAAAUGCACAGGUUUUUAGGAAUAUAAUAUACUACAAUUCUUUUAUUGGGGCUUAUUUGCAAGAAGAGGUUUGAGAAUAUUAAUACACUAGACAUACAGGGGCUUAUUUACAGAACUCUAAGAGGUCUAGGCCUCGUUCCUCCACGGCAGCCAAACUUGUUAAUGAGAUAUUUGCUUUCAUAAUGUAUUUUUUAUUAGUUGGGAUAUUUUUCAUUUUUAUAUCAACUUUACAGUAUGGGCUGCCAAACUUUAAUCAGAUGAGUAAACAUGUCAGUGACAAGAACCUGGAAACAAAAUGGAAGUAAAAGCAGAGGUUAAAUGUCUGUCUAGUUGAGAUGCUAACAGUGUGUCACUGUUUAUUGACAGCAUCCUCAAAACAAUAAUGGUUUUUAGUUCUAAUUCAAGAGAGGAACUCUUUAGCAUCUCCAUAAUUGGUGCUAUUGGCAUUUGCUUGGCCUUCAGCAAAAGAUCUGAACUGUGUAUUAACUGCUUUGAAUUCAGUGAAAGGUUGUAAAGAAACCACAGGAGAAUGUAUUUGCUUUCAUGGGCAUAUCUGAAAUUUAUGAUACAAAUAAAUACUGCCGUUGAUCAUUUUGUACCCUUGUAAACUCCGGUUAUAAAAUAAAUCUGACAUGUUAGCUAUGAUGA